ACUUUAUCUUCUAAUCUGCACGGAUAUGACUGUCAACUUUUAGUAAAUACUAAUAGACUAUCCAAGUUGAAUAUUUACUUCCUAAUGUAUAUUCGAAUCUCAAUCAUACCGGGCCUCGCCGGCUUCAUCGAGUAUAUCCAGUGCUUAUUUAGUGGAGCUCCGCCCCUAAUGCUACCGAAAAUUGACCGGCUUUUCGCCGCAGUAUGUGACAGGGCAAAGCUUUGCCAGUUAAGCGCAAAGAUCCAUUCUAUUCACAACCUCGCACAGGCUGCGAUAAGCCGACAAGUUUGCGGCUUCGCGAAAAAAAAAAAAAAAAAAAAAAAAGGGAGUGUGAUUGUGACGGGGCUGGUGCUUGUCCAGAAUGAAUAUACAUAAACCUAACAGCUCGCGGGGGUUGUCCCGUUUGUCCCGUUUGUCCGUCGGAUCUAAUCCCAUUGGAUAUUAAAAUUCCCACUGCCCCUCUGUCUGCGUGUAAUUACAAGUCCAACAAAUAUCAUAAACUCAAUGGGGAUCACAUCCAUCCCAUCCGAUCUGCUCGGAACGCGAGCGGGAAUCUUCAGAAGUGUGCUGUUGACAGCUACCGUGGCCACCGCGGCAUAUUUUUCAGCCGGACUCGUUCUGCAGUCUAAAAGGGCCAAGCAACAGCCCAUUACACCGUCUCCAAGGACAAGAACUCUCCCGACACUCUCAGAGGAGGAGACUUUAACUCUCCCAUAUCCGCCCGACGCCCUUCCCGGGGGGAGAGAUGUAGAGACCCCGUAUGGCUCAAUACGGGUCUAUGAGUGGGGUCCCGAAGAUGGGGAAAAGGUCCUUUUUGCCCACGGCAUUAGUAUGCCCACAAUAUCGUUAGGAGAUCUUGGACAUGAAUUUGUUGGUAAGGGGUGCCGUGUUAUGCUCUUCGAUCUCUUUGGCCGCGGGUACUCAGACGCGCCGAGUGACCUCGUUUACGAUGAGCGACUUUAUGUAACGCAGUUUCUGUUGGUCCUAGCAUCAUCCAAGCUACCAUGGACAACGUUCAACCUUGUAGGAUACUCUCUUGGCGGAGGCCUUUGUGUCUUAUUCACGAGAUAUUUCCCGCAUUUAAUUAGCUCGCUCACACUGGUAGCCAGCUGCGGCCUGAUCCGGCCGUACCAUGUUGGCUGGAAGAGCCGGUUGCUCUAUAACUCAGGAUUCAUCCCGGAGUUCCUAGUGAAAAUACUAGUGCGAAGGAGGAUACGGCCGAAGGCUGAGCAGCCGCCCGGUGCAGCCGGCGCCGAUGUCGCGUCUGCCGAAACUAAGAAGCACUUACCGAACGGAGAUAGCGAUGCUAAUGGCGGCGCCGGAUUUAACAGUACAUCCAUCUCCAAGUUUCGGCCGAACGUCACUGUGUCCUCAAUUGUGGGAUGGCAGGUAGAUCAUCACGACGGGUUCGUCACGGCAUUCCUCAGCACAAUUCGAAACGCCCCUAUUUAUGCCCCCCAGCAAGACUGGGUGGCUUUACAUAAGAUUCUUGAGUCUAGGAGACGAUCCGAGCAUGACAAAGAAGCCGGACCGAUUUCGGGACUCCGUGCCGGGAAGAUUCUGAUGAUACUCGGGGAGGACGACCCCGUCGUCGUCAAGGAUGAGACAAUAGAAGACGCCCAAAAUAUGCUCGGAUGUGACGGAGUUGAAAUUGCUGUUUUACCUGGAGGCCAUGAGAUACCUAUCUCGGCGAGUUCUCGUAUUGCAAGUACGGUAGAAGCCUUCUGGCGUAAAUAUUUGGCUUGAGCAGGCUCUGUCGCCCAUAAGGCAUUGGAUAUCAUUUAGGAAUAGCCUUGAAUAGAUUGUAUCUCUUAGUACCUAGCAUUAGUUAGCUAUAGAUAAUAAGUCCCUCUUAGUUGUUUAGCCCCGAUGCUACAUUACUUUACCCGGAAAGGAGAUUUAGUCUAGGAUGUCGAGUCUAGCAAUGAGUUCUCUCAAAGCACUGACAAGGGCACAAGAACUCAUUCGUUU